UUUGUAGCAAGUAGUUAAAUAUAAGAAUCAAGUUGACAAAUUUUUUCUAACAAGUUGAAUUUUAUUAAAUUUAUGAAAUAUUUUUGAAAUGUUAAUAGUUUUAAAAUUUACUCCAAGGAAAGACUAAUUUGGUAGUUUGAAAAAAUAAUGAAUCAAAACUAGUAUAGGUAUAGACGUAUAGUAUAGUAUAGAACACUCACUUCAAACCCUUAAACCCUAAAACCUCUUCAUUUCCAAUAAUCCACUUUCUCCGUCGCCGCUGCAACCAUGGCGGAGCUGAAGCUAUCCGAAACCCGCGACCUGACGCGGAUAGAGCGCGUGGGAGCUCACUCUCACAUCCGUGGCCUCGGUCUCGACUCCUCAUUACAGCCACGAGAUGUUUCCGAAGGUAUGGUCGGCCAGGUAAACGCCCGGAAAAGCGCCGGCAUCAUUCUUCAAAUGAUAAAGGACGGAAUGAUCGCCGGACGCGCCGUUCUCCUCGCCGGCCAACCAGGAACCGGUAAAACCGCCAUCGCCAUGGGGAUGGCGAAGUCUCUCGGUCUCGAAACGCCAUUCGCUAUGAUCGCCGGCAGCGAGCUCUUCUCGCUCGAGAUGUCGAAGACCGAAGCGCUAACGCAAGCCUUUCGUAAAGCCAUCGGUGUGCGUAUCAAGGAAGAAACGGAGGUGAUUGAAGGUGAGGUUGUUGAGGUUCAGAUUGACCGUCCGGCGGUUUCCGGUGCUGCUGCGAAGACGGGGAAGUUGACGCUGAAGUCGACGGAGAUGGAGACGGUUUAUGACCUUGGCGCUAAGAUGAUUGAGGCGAUUGGGAAGGAGAAAGUGACGAGUGGGGAUGUUAUUGCCAUUGAUAAGGCGUCGGGGAAGAUUACGAAGCUUGGUAGAUCGUUCUCGAGGUCGAGGGAUUUCGAUGCUAUGGGACCGCAGGUGAAGUUUGUGCAGUGUCCUGAUGGAGAGUUGCAGAAGAGAAAGGAGGUUGUUCAUUGUGUUACUCUUCAUGAGAUUGAUGUUAUUAAUAGCAGAACGCAGGGAUUUCUGGCUCUUUUCACCGGUGAUACAGGUGAAAUUUGUGCAGAAGUCAGGGAACAAAUAGACACCAAAGUGGCAGAAUGGAAAGAAGAAGGAAAAGCAGAGAUUGUGCCCGGUGUCCUUUUCAUUGAUGAGAUACACAUGCUUGAUAUAGAGUGCUUUUCAUUCCUAAAUCGGGCUCUGGAGAACGAGAUGUCUCCAAUAUUAAUUGUUGCUACCAACAGAGGCUUCACAACUAUUCGUGGCACGAAUAACAAAUCUGCACAUGGGAUUCCCGGUGAUCUUCUUGAACGUCUUCUCAUCAUCAAAACUGAUCCUUAUACCGAGGAUGAAAUUCACAAGAUUCUGGAUAUCAGAUGCCAAGAGGAAGACGUAGACAUGAGUGAAGGUGCAAAGCGUUUGUUAACCAAAAUAGGUGUAGAAACAUCACUGCGAUAUGCCAUUAAUCUAAUCACAGCAGCUGCUUUGGCGUGCCAAAAGCGAAAGGGAAAGACAGUGGAAAUGGAAGACAUAAAUCGGGUUUACAAUUUGUUUUUGGAUGUCAAAAGAUCGACACAGUACUUGAUGGAAUAUCAAAGUCAAUACAUGUUCAGUGAAACAGGUGAAGUUGAUGAAGAUGACGCCAAUGCUAUGGUCCUCUGAAAUUCAUGCUCAUCAGUUGGAGCUUUGUAAUUAUUCGCUAUUUAUGUAAGUUGCAGCUAUUUAUUUCAUGAUCGGCCGGGUCAUUGAACUUAAUUUGUAUUUGAUUUUGAGCACCAGUAGUUAUUCGAAGGUUGAAUUGCAGUAUUUACAAUGCUAACACAA